AUGUGGAUAAGGCUCAGCAACAGAGACAAAAACACCGUGUACUUCUACAACACAGCCACACAGGAAAAAAGCGAAGUACGCCCGAAAGACGGCUUCAGAUUAUACCACAUACUGAUAAAGCACAAGGAUUCUCGAAAGCCUGUUGAGACAAGCAUUGAGGAAGCCUUGCAGCAAAUAAGCAAGAUACACCAGGAGCUAAAAGGCAGAAUAAAUGAUCACAACUUCAGGGACACAUUCAAGGAAUAUGCAUUCAAAUACUCCCAGUGCUCUUCUGCAAAAAGAGGAGGCGAUCUUGGAAUAGUUUGUGGAAACGAAAUGAUGCCUGAGUUCGAAAAGCCUGCAUUUUCAUUGAAGAGAGGAGAAAUGAUAGGGCCAGUGCCAACCCCAUCCGGAUUCCACAUAAUAUACCGUAGAUAA